AUGAAAUCCAUUCUGCUAUUUUCGACUUUCAGUAUAACUAUCAUAUCUAAUAUCAUCAAAGGUGAACAUUGUGAAGAUUCGAAUGACAAUUGCCGUGAUUGGAUUACAUCACAUGCAUUACUCUGUCGAACUACUAAUUAUAUCAUUAAAAAUUGCCCUAAAUCAUGUGGCUUUUGUAUUAAGAAAUUAAAACCAAAAUUUGAUGUAUCACGUAUUCCUUCUCAUUUACAACCAAUCGCAUGGUUAAUUGGUAUUUGGCGAUCGGAACAUGGUGGUAAAGCAAUUUUUCCAACAAUACCAACGUUUACAUAUGGUGAACAAAUUGAAAUUUCAAUUUCUGACAAUCAUAUGACUGGAUUAAAAGCGCUCAAUUAUACAGCAUUUGCAUGGGGAUCAUCAGGACAUCAAGAAUUACACAGUGAAUACGGUUAUAUUACAGUAAAACCUAAUACAAGAACUGUUUCACUUACUACAGGAAUUAUUGAGCCAAAUCGAAUAGAAUUACAUUUGAAAGAUAUUGGACGAAUUAGUUUCAGCAGAGAUCUGCCUGUUCUUAGAUUGAUACGAGAGUGGACAUUGCUGGACAGGAAUACUUUGCAAGCACGUCUUCACAUGGAAACAUUAACGCAUGGAAUGCAAGAACACACAUUUAUUCGUUAUCGACGAAUUUAUCCGUAG